AUGGAGAAUCGCGAAUCGUAUGAGGAUUUGCAGGCCAAAAUCGCAGACUACCGUGAAAAGAUCCAGCUCGUCCAGGAGGCGCUGCAGCAGGACCCUGACAACGAGGAGCUCAAGGUACUGCAAGCUGACCUUCGUGAGGUCAUCCAGCUCACCGAGGACCUCAUCCAGUACAAGCGGCAGAAUGAGGCCGCUGCGAGCACCACUGAUGGUGGCGCCAAGGCGCCAGAACCAGAGGAAGCGACUUCCGCAACAGGCGGGAAUGCGCAAUUUCUUGGUACGUCCGCCGCUGCAACCACGCAGGGAUCAUGCCAUGCAGGGCGCAUAUGCGUAGUGCUCUACAAUGGCAAGCAAAAGUUCGGGCAGAUUAUCCAGCUCAUGGGCGAUUUGCCCACUGACCAAGUUGUCAUCCAGCUGGUGGGAUCGGGUGAGCAGUGCGCCCUGGCAGCCAAGGACCUCAAGCUCGUGGACGCUCCUUCCCCCGACCUUUGCAAGCCUGGGACGCUGGUCCAGGUGCUAUACUCCGAGGAUGGGCGAUGGUACGACGCGCUGAUUAACAGAGAGACCGAGACGGGAUACGUCAUCACCUACAAGGACUACAACAUCUCAGAGGAGGUGGCGCGGGACUGGGUGAGGCUCAAAAUCAGGCACGACGCCAAAUCCAAGGAGGUCAAGGAGAUAGUGACGCCCGCAGGAUACCGAAUCCCGGAGAAUCUCAUCAUCAAGCAGAACGACAACGAGAAGGAAAAGAUGAGGAAAAAGAAGCUCGUGCAAACGCUCAAGAAGCAGCAGAAGGCCGAAAGGAUAGAGACGGAGGCGAAUCAGCGUGCCAACAGCUGGCGAAAGUUCCAAGAAAAGGCUGGCAGCAAGAACAAGAGCGGUUACAUGACCGGCAAGCGCGAAGGCUCUAUCUUCAGCAGCACAGACCAGGACACUUCCCUCAGUGCGCCGAACAUCUUGUACAACUCGUUCGUGCCGCGCAAAAAGUUCGACUUCAACGAACGGUUCUAG